UUUGACAGUCUAAUUUCAACCGCUGAACCAGUCGCAAGGAUCUACCGGGAAACCGUCUAGAACAGUUCGUGAAGAGUGAAGAUAAUCUCCCCUUUCCCCUAAAAAAAAAUUGAAUAAACCAAAACCAACAUGGCGAAGAAAGGGAAAGCCAAGGCUGGACCAGUGAAGGCGGAAGGCGCCGUCGAGCCAGCAACCACCGAUGUUGUCGAAGAAGCGAAGCCCGCCGAAGAACCCGCCGUCAAGGUCGCCGAACUGAAGACAGCAGCCGCGGGAGCACCAAAGAAGGAAGCAGCAGCCCCGAAACCAGCCAAACCCGUCGAGAAGAAACCGGAGGAGCAGAAGAAGGAAGCACCCAAGCCUGCCCAAGCUGACCAGAAGAAACCCAGCUCACCGAAGCUGGCCCAAAAAGCACCCGCAGCCAAGCCUGUCCAGAACGGUAACGCAACAACAACCGCUGGAGAAACUACGGACGCUGCCGGAACCGCAAGCGAAGCCGAAGGAGCCGCUACAGCCCUCAAGAAGCGUCGCAACCGUCGUCACCGCAAGAAGAAGUCCGAUGGACAGGAAGGACAGGACCAAACUCAGCCACAAGCUCCAACCAACGAGCAGAAGCCAAAGAAGGAGCACAAGAAGAAGCGCGCCAAGCGUCUGCGUGCUCUAGCCCUUGCGGAAUCCUCCGCCACGGCACAAAUUGCCGCCGCGGAAGGUGCCAUCGCCAGUGCCCCCGAUGCCAAGAAGCAACCCGAGAGCGUUGAAACGCUUCAGAAAAAGAUCGAAAUCGCCGAAAAGGUGCUCCACCAGGUUCAGCAGCAAACCCAGGAAAAACCCGAAGCACCAAAGCCGGAAUCACCGAAGCAACAGCAAAAGAACAAGCAACAGUCGAAGCUCGAGCAAGCCAAGGCCGAAGUGAAGAAGGCCGCCGAGGAGAAGGAACGCAUCCUGGCCGAAGCCAAAUCGCUCAUCUCGGACAAGGUCAAGAAGCAGCAGGAGGUGCAGAAGCUGCAAGAGGAAAAGACCAAGCAGGAAGAGCAGGCCAAGAAACUGCGCGAAGAAAAGGACCGCAAGCUGGAGGAAGCGGCAAAGCUCGUCCAGCAACACACCCGCAUCGAGAAGGUCGAGCAGGUGCUCGAGAAGGUGGAGCAGAAAAAGGCCGAGCAACAACCGCAACCGCAACAACAGCAAAAGCAACGCAAGGACUCCGAAUCGAACAAACAGAAGAAGCAACAACGCGACAGGAAGGAGUCCGAGUCUUCCAAGCAACAGCCAAAAAGCGAUGAUGGUAAAAAAGUAGCAGAGGAAAAGGUGGCUGCUGAAAAGGCCGCUGCAGAGAAGGCUGCUGCUGAUAAGGCUGCAAAGGAUAAGGCAGCAGCUGAAAAGGCCGCUGCCGAAAAGGCAGCAAAGGAAAAGGCUGCAGCUGAAAAGGCCGCUGCCGAAAAGGCUGCAGCUGAAAAGGCCGCUGCCGAAAAGGCUGCAGCUGAAAAGGCCGCUGCCGAAAAGGCAGCAAAGGAAAAGGCUGCAGCUGAAAAGGCCGCAAAGGAAAAGGCUGCUGCUGAAAAGGCUGCUGCCGAAAAGGCUGCUGCUGAAAAGGCUGCUGCCGAAAAGGCCGCUGCAGACAAGAAACAAUCCGAAAAGAAACCGAACGACAACAAAAAACAAGAACAGAAGGGUAACGGUAACAACAACAAGAAGAACAAGCGAACCCCGAAGAGCAGUGUAUCAGAAGACGAAAAGGCUACCGGUCCAAAAAACGUGGAAAGCAGCGAUUUUGUCUCAUCUGCUAAACCCGAGCCAGUUGUAGCAAAAUCGCAGGAAACCGUAACAGCAACCAAGCCCGCCUCCCCCGAGAAGACUGCACCAGCGAAACCGAAUGACCUGAAGAAGGCCCCAUCGCCACCAAAGACCAACGGAGGACCUGCGCAAAAGCCAGCCCCAGCGAAGCCCUCCAAAUCGCCAGAAAAGACAUUGCCUCCUAAAACUACACCCGCUAGUCCAGCGCCAGCGGCUCCCCUGAAGAAGGCCCCCUCUCCACCGAAGCAGGUCGCUUCCCGAGCAUCUCCAAAGCCCAGUACACCUCCGACCACUCCCAAACCCAACAAGAAGCCAGAACUUCCACCGAAACCCGAGUUCCUCAAGCGAAAGUCCCCUUCGGUAGAGAAGGAGAAGCUGCCAACGACGGCACAGGUACCGGCCAGUACAACCCCCGCCGCUCCCAGUCCUGUUCCUGCACCUGCUCCCGCCGCCAGUCCUGUCCCUGUCCCCGAAGAACCUUCUGCGUCCAAUCGCCUGUCGGAGGAACUGAACGGAUCAGCGAAGAAACCUGCCGCAAGCAACACGAAAGCGAAACCCCAGGCCAAGAAGCCCGAGGUCCCGCCCAAGCCCGACAUUCACAACAAGAACGCAGCCAAGAUGAAGACCCCGAUCAAACAGCCGGCCGCCGCUGGAACGAAAGCUCCGUCGUCUGAUUCCAGGUCCCCAGCCACGGAUCAAAGUAGAGCGGAAGCAUUUAAGAAAAAUAUGGAUAUUAUAUCCACCCUCGCCGAUAUCCUUUUGUCCCAUCCCAAGCGAAAGAAGGUCCCCACAGAGAAUCCCACUCCAUCCACCUCAUCCCAGACGGUAGAAACCAAAACCUCAAGCGAAGCCUCCUCAUUGUCACCAAAAAGUGCGCAAGAACCAAAACCGAAAUCGAGCCUCAAUCUGGAACGUAUCCUAUCGAUUCUGCAAACUACUCAAAAAGGAGGCCAAGAACCUCCACCGCGUAGUUCUGGUUCUCCCGACGAACCGCAACCAUCCACAUCGUCAUCCGCAUCGUCGACUCCAGCCGCAGCUGAUCCGCUUUCAUCCCUGCUAACCAAAGACGCGAUCCGUAUUCUGAUGCCUACCUUGCAGGAGGUGAACACAAAGUUCAACGUGGAGAAGCAGCUGGCAGCGCUGAACGCUACCGCAGCCGCUGCCAAGCUGAUGCCCAAGACGCUUCCACCGUGCAGCGAUACCACCGAAGAGGACGAGCUCGAGGAGGAGUUUCAAGAGGAGGAGGAGCAGAUCGAGUACAAGUUUGCUCCUCGUCCGGUAUUUCUAGCCACCAACUGUCAGGUAUGCAAAAACCCACUGCGGAACAUCGUGCAGUGCGAAACCUGCCGUAUGGUAUCGUACUGCAACGAAGAUCAUCGACGAUCGGACCUUGGGCCACACAAAGACCUUUGCGCUGUCAUCGUAGAACUUGCCACUCGAAGAGGUGGUCACAUCUACAACAUGGCCCACAAGCUGACCGACGACGAGUACCGCAACCUUCGCGUGCACACCCUCAACCAGUCCGAGCAGAUGCUACGCCGUCCACUGCAAGCGUUCGAGCGGGAGAUUCUCCUGUUCCCGCGCACCUGCAGCUCACCGAGCUGCCGCGAGUGGCGCCAGAACCUGCUGUCCGAGUGCAAGGACUGCCGCCAGGUGUCCUUCUGCACCGACCACCCAGACCAUCUGCCGGCCGCGCACAAGCAGUGGUGCAAGUCGUACUUCCUCUUCCAGAAGCUGAUCCUGCGCCAGAAGAUUCUCGGCCGCAUCGAGCCCGUCCUGCCGGUUCGCAUCGCGAGCAAAUCGUUCACCGUCCCGCCGAACAUCGACGAAGUCAUGAAGCUGCUGUACAAGAACUCGACCGUGCUCCGCGACGAGUGCGUCUACGCCACGUUGACCCAGAUCGCGACCGCACCGUUGACCGCACUGCACGGCUACCUGCAGACCGGCCUCAAGCCGAGCUCGGAAACCUUCACCAUCCAUCUGGUCGGUGCGGAGCUACAGUUCGAGGGUGACACUCUGGACAAGUGGGAAGCCUUCUUCCUUCACAUUGUGCCGGAGAUUACCGAGCUGCGGAUCGUCUUCGUCGGGCCCGAACUGAACGUCGAGAACCUGCCGAUCGACAUCAUCAGCCGGAUCAGAAUGUGCCGCCGGUGCCGUCUCCAAUGUCGCGUCGUCAAGUUUGACUUCCAGUGUCGUCGGUUCUACCACGACUACUGGCAAGAUACACCGUCGCCUUCGCCGUCACCGGACCUGAUUUGCUUCUUCAACCCGGGUCUGCACCGGUCGACCGGAUUCGGCAGCUUGGACACGUGGCCCAAGACGAUUGCGGCGGCCACCGGCGCGGGAUGUCCGCUGGUCGUGACGGCCUACACCGAGUACGAGUGUCCGCUGGAUUUGGCCAGGCUGCGCAAGGAGUCGAAGCGGACGCUGGAGCUGGUCCAGCCACCCGAACCGAACCCGUUCGCGUCCCAGCGACCCGAGCGGAACUUUAUCUCCGAACAGAUUGCGCCGAUGAUCUUCAAGAACUUUUACUACUUUGUAGUCAAGUAGAGGGCUCUUGAUGAUGGUUUCUACCUCUGUGUCUAUUGUUAGCGUAGUUCCACCCAAAAUGUAAUUUCUGUAUUUUACUAAAUGUUAAAAUUUGUUCUAAUAAAACUUUCUGCGAAUUAAUCACGAAUUCAGGA